UCAGACUCCAAAAACGCUAUGGAGCAAAGUGAACUCGGCGAUUCGAGUAGCCGGAACGAUGAGAUUGUUUCCAUCGGAGCUCCGGCGCGGUUCGAUACAUUGCCUGAAGAUUGCAUCUCGAUGGUGAUUUAUCGCACCUCUCCCCGCGAUGCCUGCGUCGUGGCUUCGGUUUCGAAAACCGUUAAAUCGGCGGCUGAAUCGGAUUUGGUUUGGGAGAAGUUUCUUCCUCAGGACUACUCAUCUCUUGUUCCACCUCGAUCUGUGGAUUUCUCGUCGAAGAAGGAGAUGUAUAUGUCUCUCGCCGAUGAUUCCGUUCUGAUCGACGACGGCAAAAAGAGUUUUUGGUUGGAGAAAGGUAGUGGAAAGAAGUGUUACAUGUUAUCUGCGAUGGAUUUAAAUAUCCUUUGGAUUAAUCGUCCUCUUUAUUGGAAAUGGAAUACAGAUCCUGAAUCUAAGUUUGAGAAAGUAGCGGAGCUUCGUCACGUGUGUUGGUUCAAGAUUCAGGGCAAGAUAAGUUGUGGAAUGUUGUCCAAAGGGACACACUACUUUGUCUACUUAGUGUUCAAGAGUACAAGCGGUGGAUCAGUCGGUUUCGAAGACACGCCCAUGGAAGCUCAAGUCGGGUUUGCUGGGAAAGAAUCUAGCAAAUCGUUUGUGUUACUCGAACCAGGCCGACGUGGUUAUCGUUACUCGUGUGUUUCGCGCAGACCGGUGUAUAGCGAGUUCAGGACGCGACGUCCAAGGGCAGGAGUUAGAGGAGAGAGGGAGACUGAUGGGCAUGUGGAGGAGCCCAAGGAGAGAGGAGAUGGGUGGAGUGAAGUGAAGCUUGGGAAUUUUUACAUUAGCGAUGGUGGUUGUGUUGAUGAUGGUGAUGAGAUUGAGUUUGCUAUUAUGGAGAUUCGGAAUAGUGUAAAGGGACAAAGGAAAAGUGGUUUGAUUUUCCAGGGAAUUGAGAUACGGCCCAUGAAAGAAGGAGAAGAAAUGGUCAUUGCCAAAUCAUCAAAUUCUGACAAUAUCUGAUUUUGAAGUAUCAACAGAGUUUAAAGCUGUUGUAUUGGCUGCUUCAUGUCUACUAAUAAGAGUUUAACUCUCUAAUUGUGUAGUUGUUGCUAUGCAAAAUAAGAAGUUGAGGACUUUCUCUCUCUUUUCUACCAAUUUUUGAAUGACAAUAACUUUAUGUAACUAAAAUUUGUCCAAGUUCCUUCAAAAUUUUUCAAAAACAUCUUUUGAUAUAUUUAUUAGGGGUGG